AUGGCCCCGGCCGUGGGGUCGCGCCGCGGCCACCUGCUCUGGCUCACCUGCAUGCUGUGCUCAGCCCCCGCGAGGGUAGCCGCAGGCCUGUAUGAGCUCAAUCUGACCACCGAUGGCCCGGCCACCACAGGAACAGAGAUGACCAUCUCAGCCAGCCUGGUGGCCAAGGACAAUGGCAGCCUGGCCAUGGCCCCCGACACUCACCUGUACCGCUUCCACUGGAUCCACACUCCGUUGAUGCUCACCGGCAAGAUGGAGAAGGACCUCACCUCCACCAUCCGCCUGGUGGGCCACCUGCCUGGCGACUUCCCCGUCUCCGUGUGGGUCACUGCCACCGACUGCUGGAUGUGCCAGCCGGUGACCAGGAGCUUCACCGUCGUCUCCAUCACAGACUCCCUCGUGGGGAACCUUGUGGUCACCCAGAACAGCUCCCUGCCCUGGCCCAGCUCCUACCUCACCAGGAUGGGCCUCAAAGUCUCCUUCCUGCUGCACGACCCCAGCGACUUCUUCAAGAGCGCCUCGUUCCUCUACAGCUGGGACUUUGGAGACGGGACCCUGAUGGUGACGGAGGACCCUGUGGUCUAUUAUAACUAUUCCAUUAUCGGGACCUUCACAGUGAAGCUCAACGUGGUGGCCGAGUGGGAACAAGCGAGACUGGAUGCCACCAAGGGCAUCGUCCAGAAGACCGGUGACUUCUCCACCUCACUGAAGCUGCAGGAAACCCUUCAGGGCAUCCAGGUGCUGGGACCCACACUGAUUCAGACCUUCCAAAAGCUGACACUGACCUUAAACUUCCUGGGGAGCCCACCCCUGACCGUGUGCUGGCGCCUCAAGGCCGAGUGCCUGCCACUGGAGGAAGGGGAGUGCCAGCCAGUGUCUGUGGCCAGCAUGGCCUACAACCUGACCCACACCUUCCGGGACCCCGGCGACUACUGCUUCAGCAUCCGGGCUGAGAACGUCAUCAGCAAGUCGCACCAGUACCACCGAGUCCAGGUGUGGCCUUCCAGCCUGCAGCCGGCCGUCUUUGCCUUCCCGUGCGCCACGCUCAUCACCGUGAUGUUGGCCUUUAUCAUGUACAUGACCCUGCGAAACGCCACUCAGCAGAAGGACAUGGUGGAGGUGGCUGAUUUUGACUUUUCCCCCCUGUCUGACAAGAACCCGGAGCCGCCCUCUGGGGUCAGGUGCUGCUGCCAGAUGUGCUGCGGGCCCUUCCUGCUGGAGACCCAUUCCGAGUACCUGGAGGUCGUGCGUGAGAACCACGGGCUGCUCCCGCCCCUCUACAAGUCCGUCAAAACUUACACCGUGUGA